AUGUUCACCUGGAUCAAAAACCUCUUCACCCUCUCCCCCGAAAAGCGACAAAAACGCAAACGAAUCAAAGCCCUCCGCAAGCGAAGCCGAAAACGACGAGCGCGCGAACGAGAACUCUUCAUACAGAGACGGUAUCGACUUAAUGGUGGCAAGAAACGAACUGGGUUUUACUUGGCGAUCGGUCCCUUUACUACGACUGGACAACUCGCAGGGAUCUAG